AUGGCCUAUUGAAUUUCGCCGAAGGACUAGAUUCAGAUUUGUUUUUGGAAGAAACACUUGCUCGCUGUGUUGUAGAAGACACUGUCAUGUUUGCGGAUAAUCUUUAAUGUCUCGACAUCAAAACCUAAACAAUGUCUAUCCAAACGCUGACCGAAAGUAAGUUGUAACGCUCAUUUCAGCCUACUAAACAGUUAGCUAUUGUGAUUAUGCUAACUAGGUAGCUAGUUACCUAGCUUAGCCAGCUACUAUGGUUGGUGGUCAUAAUCACCAACAAAGUUAGCUAGCUCAUUCGCCUAUGCAAAUCCUUGUGCUAUUGAAUGACAUUAUAUACGUUUGUAAAGAAAACACAGCCCCAGCUAUGCGUUGCUGUUUGCUUGAGCUGAGUGCAUAUAAUUUCUCUCCCGCAGUCAACCCAUGUUUUCUCGACACCUGACCGCGUUUGGCUCUCACUGGUUGCCCCCAACUCAAGCCCCGUUGGGCGGCUGGAGGAACGUACCAUACCCCAGUUACCCAUGUCGGCCGGGUGUGCCCCCUUCGCCUCAACUCUCCCACCCCACCAGGCACCUCUCAGGGGCCUUCCGACCGCAAGAUACCCACAACACCAAUUGGGCAAGACUACAGUCCAGACAACACCUCCCACCAGGGUUCCCUUUUCACGGUUUUCCUCAUCAACACUUCCACCUUGGACUGAUGGAGCGCUCAGACAAGGAGCCUCCAAACAAGCGGAGGAGGAGUUCAGAGGAGAGGGGUCCAGGGGAUAGGUCCAAGGGCUCCCCCAAACGAGAGUACGCACCACGACAGGCUCGUAGUGCCACAACCAGCCCCAACUACUGGUUCAAAGACGGGAAACCACCACCGCCGCCUCCUGGGACAAGUCCACCAAGACAGGCAUUGGGUAUUACUUCAGUUUCAAAAACUGCCGCUUUUCUUGAAAACACCAUUUAUUCUUUUAUAUGAAAUUAAACUGAGGUAGAUUAGGUUUAGUCCAAUAUGGGCCCUGUCAAGCAGUGUCAUUCACAUUCUAAACAUAUUGUUUUGUUUGUGCAUUUCCAGAGCUGAAGAGACAAUGGGAGGACUUUUCCCACUGCUAUAAGUCCAGACCUCAGUCUGGUGGUGGGAGGCAAGAACCACCCGUUGACUUCUCUGUGAUGUCGUAUAACAUCCUCUCUCAGGACCUACUACAUGACAAUAACUACCUGUACAAACACUGUAGCUCCUCCAUCCUCAACUGGAACCACAGGCUCUCCAACAUCCUGAAAGAGCUCAAAGAGCACAACACAGAUGUAAGUGAUUGGUUUAUGAAUCAUUACUGAUGGUACAAGAAAGUAUCUCCCACCAGUUACCUGAUCUAUUAGCUUGUGAUCGAUUCAGAUUUUCAACAUAUUCAUCAUCACAAGGAACAGAGAACACAACAUAGUGGCCCUGUUUUGACUAGUUCAAAUCUGUAUCCCUUAGAGCAAGUCAGUGGUGAUGACACUGCUUAAUUUCAUGUUAGAUGUGUACUGUGGAAUGAAGUCAAACUUUGUCUCUAUAGAUAAUGUGUCUGCAGGAGGUGCAAGAGGACCACUAUGAAAAACAGAUCAAACCCUCUCUAGAAGCAUUAGGUAAUGCUGUUUUGUACUCACUGUGUUGCCCUCACUGUUUUGUUUAAUAAGACUAAGCCUAUUAUUUUGAGCUGUAGCUCUGCCUAUUGAAAUUGAAAAGCUCUUAUCAGCCUGUCAAAAUAAUACAAUGGAAACUGGAUGCAGAAGCAAGUGAUCUUGCCAUUGGAGGUUACAUGUAAUAUGACCACUAGAGGGAGCCACAGGCAUAGGUAAUUAAUAUUUUCUCAAACCACUUGGUUUUCCUGAAGAAAAUGAAGUAGCACGAGUGGUUCAGGUAUUCCAAAACCUAUUUCCUGUUUAAAUAAUUAAAAAACAUUUAAAUCUUGUACAUUUUUCAUCACAGUUUAUGAGAAAUGUGUCCUAUUUUCUUUAAUGUAGUGAUGUUUAUUUCCCAUUUCUUUCCCCAGGUUACCAGUGUGAGUACAAGCGGAGGACAGGCAGGAAGCCUGACGGCUGUGCAGUGGUCUAUAAGAAGGACCGCUUCUCCCUGCUGUCCAGUCACCCAGUGGAGUACUUCCGCCGGGGCAUCCCCCUGCUAGACCGGGAUAACGUGGGCCAGGUGCUGUUACUGCACCCAACGGGAUCCUCCAGGCCUGAUGCCUGCGUUUGUGUGGCCAAUACACACCUCCUGUACAACCCCCGGCGCGGGGACAUUAAGCUGGCCCAGCUGGCCAUACUGCUGGCAGAGAUCAGUACAGUGUCCCGCCUCCCUGACGGCAGCUCCUGUCCCAUCGUCCUCUGUGGGGACUUUAACUCUGUGCCCUGGUCUCCCCUGUACAGCUUCGUUAGGGAGAGCAGGCUGGAGUACGACGGUAUUCCCAUAGGCAAGGUGAGGGCCAUCAUCUACACACCCAGCCUCUUUCUGUCACUUUCUGCAGUGAGAUAAUAAGCUCUGUGGCUGAAGCUGAUUACUGCAGAGGGAACAUAAUGUUCAUGGAGUACUGCCAAAAAAUGUGAGCUGCUAUAAAAUGUUCCUUGAGCUCUUCUCUGUCAGUCAUCAUGCUCUAGUAUUUCUUGUUCAUUUUCAACCUGGGUUGAAUGGCCAUUCGAUGUGAUUUUUAUGCUUACCACCAAAUAACCACAUUAGUGUACAGUAAGUUGCUUUACUGCGCUAGACAAAACGGUGUGAACCUAUCUUAAAGCAACAGUGUGUGUGUGCAGGUGUCAGGGCAGGAGGAGAAUCCCAGAGGCCAGCGGAUCCUGACCGUGCCCAUUUGGCCCCUUAGCCUGGGCGUUACCCAGCAGUGCCAGCAUGCGACGGCCCCUACAGGUGACCUAUGGCGGUCCAUCCACCGUCUUAUUCCCCACACUGGCUCAGUGAAGAGCCUCAGGCCAUUACCAACACUGAGGAAAUGCACCCUUCUUUCUUCUGAUCUGUAUAUGACGUUAAUACUCUUCUUUCCUCCCAGAUGUUGACGGGGGAGUCGCCAACAUGUCUGUGCAGGACUUUGCAGCACAAGCUAUGGCAGCUAUGAACAGGUCAGUUAGCUCCGGUUGGUUUUCGGGGUUAAAUAAUCAUUUAGUUGAGACAGACAGUGUGAUCCCUACAGUCUCUGUUGUUUUACUGUCAGUUAGUUCUUAAUUCUGUCAUGUAACUGUAAGUGAUCUGAUCCUGUCAGAGGACCUACACCAGCCAGAGCUCCUCUGACUAACAGCAGGCCUUCAAUAUGAAUACUUUUCACACAGUUGAGUGUCUGUGCUGCUCGACGGAAAUGUAAUUUGUUUUGACUGGCGUCUGCACAUCUGACAGCCGAGGCUGAUUUUUCCACCUCUCUCCCCGUUCUCUCUCUCCCCCUUCUCUCACUCUCUCGUUUGCAUGCCUUGGAGAAUGGAGGAGACAGGAGUUGCCACAUCCUUCCCCUACAAUGUUAAUUUGAAGCGAGUGGAACUGCUCAUAGGGAGAAGUGACAAGUCUAUCUCUGGAUGAUUUGUUGUUUGUCCAGUAUAGUCAGAACUUCAAGGAGCAACUGUCUGUCUUAAUUAGCAGUUGAAGUUAAGCCAGUGCCCUGUGUGACACUGUGUCUCUCCCCCUCCCCAUGUCCAGACCCAGUAUAGAGCACAGUCUGAGGCUGACGUCAGCUUACUCCCACUACCUGACAGAGGAUGGCAGGCCUGAGAUCACCACCUGUCACUCCAGGACAGCCAUCACUGUGGACUACAUCUUCUACUCCGCAGGAACCGGGGACAUUUCCACUCAGCCAGGUACCCACACACAGUAUACUACAUACAACACAUAGGAUUUGUUGAUUGAUUGUUACACUGGCCUUGGAGCAGGGUGGCAUCUGAUAAUCAAUAUUGUUUAUGAUAAGGUCGGUCCUGCAAUGUGACUUCUGUAGAUGCUGCAGUGCAGUGGGCUGUGGAGUGAGACUCCCAGGCUGCAUUAUGGAACCAGGGCUACAUUUUCCCUGAUCAAGAUCGCAUCUGGAAAAACUCAGGGCCUUAAAGGGAUACUUUGGGAUUUUGGCAAUGAGGCCCUUUAUCUAAUGAGGCCCUUGGAAUCCAAGAUGGCGUAGCAGUGCGGUCGUGUAUUCUGUAGUGUGCUCAUGUAAAUAGCCUGUUUUUAGUUUUUUUGUAUUUUUUGUAUAUAUUUCUCAAUCUCACUUUUCAUCCUUCAACUAAAUAUACUUUCCUGCAAACCGCCUCACCCAAUGUGGAACGGAUUCUAUUAUUUCUUAUACCUUCUUAUCUAGAACCUCCGGCUGAAACUAGCCAGCUAACUAGCUACUUGCUAUUAGCCACAGUUAGCGUUUUUCACCAUUGUCCGUGGCCUGCACUACCUACCAGCCAGCUCUAGCCUGGACAAUUAUCGGCCAGUCUGCACAGCGCGCUAUCGACCCAGAACAUAUCGGAUUUUCUGCCGGAAUCACUGAAUCACUGGACCUUAACACCGGAUCAUCGCAACUAGCUAGCUGCAACCGAAUGGAUGUUGUUGUUGGCUAAUCACCACUGUCCCGAAGCAAGCACCAGUUAGCCUUGAGCUAUCCUCGAGCCAGGCCCAUCUCCCGGCUAUCUACCUCUCUGUCAACUAGACGGGACCUCCUAGUGUCGACACAGAGCCCCGCCGAUCCAUCACGACUGGUCUGCUGACGUAAUCGUCUGAUGUGGUUUCAACAGGCUUCCUGUUGCUAUGACCACGAAGAGCCAUCUGCUAGCCCUGGCCCGCUAGCACACGCAAUCAACAGCCGUGCCUCCUGCUCGCCUGUGCCGUAGCAGCCAUCGAACUGCUCCCGGACUCACCUAUUGCUGUUCACUGGACCUUAUGAUAACUCAGCUACACAGCUGAUGCCUGCUGGACCGUUCCUUUACACAGUACCCCAUCCUGUUUAUCUGUCCUGUUUAUCUGUUUAGCCUCAGCCCAAGCAUUCGUCGCCAUUACCAGUUGUUGUCUUAGCUCUCUCGAAUAACACUUGUGAUUGCUUUAUGCCUCUCUCCCAUGUCAAUAUGCCUUGCCUAUUGCUGUUUUGGUUAGUUCUUAUUAUACAAUUUCACUGUAGAGCCCCCAGUCCCGCUCAACCUGCCUCAGAUAGUUCCUUUGUCCCACCCCCCAUACACGCGGAGACCGGCUCAAUCGGUGCCUCCAGUGAUGCUAUCUCUUUCAUUGUUACCCAACGCUUAGGUUUACCGCCACUGUACUCAUAUCCUUCCAUAUCCUUGUCUGUACAUAAUGCCCUGAAUCUAUUCUACAACGCCCGGAAAUCUGCCCCUUUUAUUCUCUGUACCCAACGUACUACAAGACCAGUUCUUAAAGCCUUUAGCCGUAUCCUUAUUCUACUCCUCCUCUGUUCCUCUGGUGAUGUAGAGGUUAACCCAGGCCCUGUAGCCCCCAGUAUCACUCCUACUCCCCAGGCGCUAUCAUUUGUUGACUUCUGUAACCGUAAAAGCCUUGGUUUCUUGCAUGUUAACAUCAGAAGUCUCCUCCCUAAGUUUGAGUUAUUCACUGCGUUGGCACACUCCACCAACCCUGAUGUUCUAGCAGUGUCUGAAUCCUGGCUUGGGAAGGCUACCAAAAACUCUGAAAUUUCCAUCCCCAACUACAACAUUUUCCGUCUAGAUAGAACUGCCAAAGGGGGCGGAGUUGCAAUCUACUGUAGAGAUAGCCUGCAGAGCUCUAUCAUACUAUCCAGGUCUGUUCCCAAACAGUUUGAGCUUCUACUUCUAAAAAUCCACCUUUCCAGAAAUAAGUAUCUCACUGUUGCCGCUUGCUACAGACUCCCCUCAGCCCCCAGCUGUGCCAUGGACACCAUAUGUGAAUUGAUUGCCCCCCAUCUAUCCUCAGAGUUCGUACUGCUUGGUGACCUAAACUGGGAUAUGCUUAACACCCAGGCCGUCCUACAAUCUAAACUAGAUGCCCUCAAUCUCACACAAAUUAUCAAGGAACCUACCAGGUACAACCCUAAAUCCAUAAACAUGGGCACACUCAAGAAAGCAAAGGCUAGCUUUUUCAAACAGAAAUUUGCAUCCUGUAGCACUAACUCCAAAAUGUUUUGGGACACUGUAAAGUCCAUGGAGAAUAAGAGCACCUCCUCCCAGCUGACCACUGCACUGAGGCUAAGAAACACUGUCACCACAGAUUAAAUCUACGAUAAUUGAGAAUUUCAAUAAGCAUUUUGCUACGGCUGGUCAUUCUUUCCAUCUAGCUACCCCUACCCCGGCCACCAGCUCUGCACCCUCCGCUUCUCCUUCACCCAAAUUCAGAUAGCUGAUGUUCUGAAAGAGCUGCAAAAUCUGGACCCCUACAAAUCAGCUGGGCUAGACAAUCUGGACCCUUUCUUUCUAAAAUUAGCUGCCGAAAUUGUAGCAACCCCUAUUACUAGCCUGUUCAACCUCUUUCGUAUCAUCUGAGAUCCCCAGAGAUUGGAAAGCUGCCGCGGUCAUCCCCCUCUUCAAAGGGUGUGACACUCUAGAUCCAAACUGUUACAGACCUAUAUCCAUCCUGCCCUGCCUUUCGAAGUAUUUGAAAGCCAAGUUAACAAAUAGAUCAUCGACCAUUUCGAAUCCCACCGUACCUUCUCUGCUAUGCAAUCUGAUUUUCGAGCUGGUCAUGGGUGCACCUCAGCCACGCUUAAGGUCCUAAACGAUAUUAUAACCGCGAUCGAUAAAAGACAGUACUGUGCAGCCGUCUUCAUCGACCUGGCCAAGGCUUUCAACUCACCGCAUUCUUAUUGGCAGACUAAAUAGCCUUGGUUUCUCAAAUGACUGCCUCGCCUGGUUCACCAACUACUUCUCAGAUAGAGUUCAGUGUGUCAAAUCGGAGGGCCUGGUGUCUGGACCUAUGGCAGUCUCUAUGGGGGUGCCACAGGGUUCAAUUCUUGGGCCGAGUCUAUUCUCUGUGUAUAUCAAUGAUGUUACUCUUGCUGCUGGUGACUCUGAUCCACCUCUACGCAGACGACACCAUUUUGUAUACAUCUGGCCCUUCAUUGGACACUGUUAACAAACCUCCAAACGAGCUUCAAUGCCAUACAACACUCCUUCCGUAGCCUCCAACUGCUCUUAAACACUAGUAAAACUAAAUGCAUGCUCUUCAAUCGAACGCUGCUUGCCCCCGCCCGCCCGACUAUAAUCACUACUCUCGGCGGGUCUGACUUAGAAUUUGUGGACAACUACAAAUACCUAGGUCUCUGGUUAAACCGUAACCUCUCCUUCCAGACUCACAUUAAGCAUCUCCAAUCCAAAGUUAAAUCUAGAAUCGGCUUCCUAUUUCGCAACAACGCCUCCUUCACUCAUGCUGCCAAACAUGCCCUCGUAAAACUAACUAUCCUACCGAUCCUUGACUUCGGCGGUGUCAUUUACAAAAUAGCCUCCAACACUCUACUCAGCAAAUUGGAUGUAGUCUAUCACAGUGCCAUCCGUUUUGUCACCAAAGCCCCAUAUACUACCCACCAUUGUGACCUGUACGCUCUCGUUGGCUGGCCCUCACUACAUAUUCGUCGCCAAUCCCACUGGCUCAAGGUCAUCUAUAAAUCUCUGCUAGGCAAAUCCCUGCCUUAUCUUAGCUCAUUGGUCACCAUAGCAACACCCACCCGUAGUAUGCGCUCCAGCAGGUAUACAUUGAGGGAAAAAAGUUUUUGAUCCCCUGCUGAUUUUGUACGUUUGCCCACUGACAAAGAAAUUAUCAGUCUAUAAUUUUAAUGGUAGGUUUAUUUGAAAAGUGAGAGACAGAAUAACAACAAAAAAAUCCAGAAAAACGCAUGUCAAAAAUGUAAUAAAUUGAUUUGCAUUUUAAUGAGGGAAAUAAGUAUUUUACCCCCUCUCAAUCAGAAAGAUUUCUGGCUCCCAGGUGUCUUUUAUACAGUUAACGAGCUGAGAUUAUGAUCACACUCUUAAAGGGAGUGCUCCUAAUCUCAGUUUGUUACCUGUAUAAAAGACACCUGUCCACAGAAGCAAUCAAUCAAAUUCCAAACUCUCCACCAUGGCCAAGACCAAAGAGCUCUCCAAGGAUGUCAGGGACAAGAUUGUAGACCUACACAAGGCUGGAAUGGGCUACAAGACCAUCGCCAAGCAGCUUGGGGAGAAGGUGACAACAGUUGGUGCGAUUAUUCGCAAAUGGAAGAAACACAAAAUAACUGUCAAUCUCCCUCGGCCUGGGGCUCCAUGCAAGAUCUCAUGAGAACGGUGAGGAAUCAGCCCAGAACUACGCGGGAGGAUCUUGUCAAUGAUCUCAAGGCAGCUGGGACCAUAGUCACCAAGAAAACAAUUGGUAACACACUACGCCGUGAAGGACUGAAAUCCUGCAGCGCCAGCAAGGUCCCCCUGCUCAAGAAAGCACACAUACAGGCCCGUCUGAAGUUUUCCAACGAACAUCUGAAUGAUUCAGAGGAGAACUGGGUGAAAGUGUUGUGGUCAGAAGAGACCAAAAUGGAGCUCUUUGGCAUCAACUCAACUCGCCGUGUUUGGAGGAGGAGGAAUGCUGCCUAUGACCCCAAGAACACCAUCCCCACCGUCAAACAUGGAGGUGGAAACAUUAUGCUUUGGGGGUGUUUUUCUGCUAAGGGGACAGGACAACUUCACCGCAUCAAAGGGACAAUGGACCAGGCCAUGUACUGUCAAAUCUUGGGUGAGAACCUCCUUCCCUCAGCCAGGGCAUUGAAAAUGGGUCGUGGAUGGGUAUUCCAGCAUGACAAUGACCCAAAACACACGACCAAGGCAACAAAGGAGUGGGUCAAGAAGAAGCACAUUAGGAUCCUGGAGUGGCCUAGCCAGUCUCCAGACCUUAAUCCCAUAGAAAAUCUGUGGAGGGAGCUGAAGGUUCGAGUUGCCAAACGUCAGCCUUGAAACCUUAAUGACUUGGAGAAGAUCUGCAAAGAGGAGUGGAACAAAAUCCCCUGACCUGGUGGCCAACUACAAGAAACGUCUGACCUCUGUGAUUGACAACAAGCGUUUUGCCACCAAGUACUAAGUCAUGUUUUGCAGAGGGGUCAAAUACUUAUUUCCCUCAUUAAAAUGCAAAUCAAUUCAUAACAUUUUUGACAUGUGUUUUUCUGGAUUUUCUUGUUGUUAUUCUGUCUCUCACUGUUCAAAUAAACCUACCAUUAAAAUUAUAGACUGAUCAUGUCUUUGUCAGUGGGCAAAUGUACAAAAUCAGCAGGGGAUCAAAUACUUUUUUCCCUCACUGUAUCUCACUGGUCAUCCACAAAGCCAACACCUCCUUUGGCCGCCAUUCCUUCCAGUUCUCUGCUGCUAAUGACUGGAACGAACUGCAAACAUCUCUGAAGCUGGAGACACUUAUCUCCCUCACUAACUUUAAGCAUCAGUUGUCAGAGCAGCUUACCGAUCACUGCACCUGUACACAGCCCAUCUGUAAUUAGCCCACCCAAGUACCUCAUCCCCAUAUUGUUAUUUAUUUUGCUCAUUUGCACCCCAGUAUCUCUAUUUAAUAAUAUAAUAAAAUGCCAUUUAGCACAUCAUCUUCUGCACAUCUAUCACUCCAGUGUUAAUAUUAAAUUGUAAUUAUUUUGCACUAUGGCUUAUUUAUUGCCUUACCUCCAUAACUUACUACAUUUGCACACACUAUAUUUAGAUUUUCUAUUGUGUUAUUGACUAUGUGUUUGUUUAUCCCAUAUGUAACUGUGUUUUUAUCGCAAUGCUUUGCUUUAUCUUGGCCAGGUCGCAGUUGUAAAUGAGAACUUGUUCUCAACUGGCCUACCUGGUUAAAUAAAGGUUAAAUAAAUAAAAAAUCUACUUCCCCAGAGUCAGAUGAACUAGUGGAUACCAUUUUUAUUUGUCUGUGUCCAGUAUGAAGGAAGGAAGUUAGUUAGUUUUGCAAGCCAAUGCUAACUAGCGUUAGCGCAAUGACUGGAAAUCUAUGGGUAUCUGCUAGCAUGCUAAGUAUCCCUUUAACCAUGUCUUUUGUCUUCCUCCCAGAGGGUCCAUUGCCAAGGCGAGGGCUGCAGCUGCUGGCCAGACUGGCCCUGGUGGGACAGACAGACCUGGAGGCCGUCAACGGGCUGCCCAAUGAGCACAACUCCUCCGAUCACCUGCCCAUACUGGCCCGCUUUCGCCUCUGCCCCUGA